GCUACCCAUACCCUUCCCUUCGGAAUGGAGCUUCUUAACACUUUCCUGCUCCUGUUCGGUGCUGCCGGUACUCUUUACCUCGUUGUCAUCAUCAAUCGCCUCUUCUUCAGCCCUCUAGCUGACUUUCCCGGGCCACGCCUUGCGGCAGCUACGCGCUGGUAUGAAGCAUACUUCGACGUUCUUAGAGGAGGUCAGUUUAUGUAUGAAAUUCAACGCCUACACAAAAUCUACGGGCCUGUCGUUCGGAUUGGCCCUAGUGAGAUACACAUCAAUGAUCCCGAAUUUUACGACACGUUGUACGCAGGGCCAACUAGGCGUCGCCACAAAGACCCGUGGUUUCUCUCUUCGAUUGCACCCGGCAUGUCAUUUGCUGCGAGCAACUAUGACCACCAUCGUGCACGUCGUAGCGGCUUGAGCCCUUUCUUUUCUAAAACGGCUGUCAGGGGAUGGGAGCCAGUGAUUCACGAAAAUAUCCGACUUUUAUGUCAGCAUUUUCAGCGAGUCCAAGGGACCAGCCAGUCACUUGAACUACAUAUGUGCUUUGUCAAUUUUGCCGUUGACACUGUCUCCCAGUAUGUGUUUGGCAAGGAUUGUGGGUUCGACACAUUAAAGGACCCCGUCCUUGGGGAGAAAUGGAAGAUGGGAGUCAAUGGGAUAUUCGAACUACUGUUGCUCGUUCGUCAUUUCCCUUGGAUGUACUUCUUCUCAAGAGUUCUUCCCGUGUGGUUCUCGAGGCUGAUUUUUCCUUCAUUCGGCUAUGCCGAUGCAAUCGAGAGGGACAUCGAGAGACACACUAAAGAAGUUUACCAUCACCAUAUCGGUAGUGGCUCUGAGACCUCUAUCAUCGACCAUCUCAUAUGCAACGACAAACUUCCGCCUGCAGAGCGUAGGUUGGCCCGACUGACUGACGAGGCUAAGUUCCUGCUAGUAGCAGGCACCGAUGCACCCUCUCAGGUCAUGGCAAUCACAUUAUAUCAUGUCUUGAGCAAUGCGAAAAUUCAUAACCUGCUCCAAGAGGAGGUGCAGAUCGCCAUGCCCGAUGCGAGCGUGGAUCCUUCGUUAAGCGAUCUCGCGCGGUUACCCUAUCUUACGGCAGUAAUCUCAGAGGGUCUACGACUCUCCGCGGUAGUGACCUCCCGUCUGCCGCGAAUUGCCCCGGACGAGGAUUUGACCUGCCACGGCUGGCGGAUUCCCGCAGGGACUUCUAUCAGCAUGUCAAAUCACUUUGUCCUCCGUGAUGGUACGAUAUUCCCUGACCCAUUGACCUUCCAUCCUGAACGGUGGUUGGCAUCAUCGUCAUCGACAUUAAGCAGGUAUCUCGUACCAUUUUCAAAAGGUAGCCAGGGCUGCUUGGGUCCGAAUAUGGCCUGGUCUUGGCUCUAUAUAGGGCUUGCUACUAUUCUGCGCCGAUUCAAAUUGGAACUUGUCGACACGGAUGAGAGUAAUGUGACCAUUGUCCGCGAUUGUUUCAAUGGGCAAACACCCGCUGGUCAGAACCGUAUACAAGUCAGGGUUUGCUAG